AUGUGGUCGCACCCGCUACCACAACCAAACAAGAAGAAGAAGAAGAAGAAGAAGAAGGAAUCUUGGCCUGUACCAGAAAAACACAGGCAACGAUUACACGCCGAUUAUGCUGGGCCAGUCGACGGCAAUUACUACCUGAUAGUUGUUGACGCUUUCAGCAAAUGGCCAGAAGUCAUCUCCACCAAGCGCAUCACAGCAUCUGCAACGGUGGCCAUGUUCCGCGAGAUCUUCGCCAGAAACGGGAUGCCCGAAACUUUGGUUACCGACGAUGGCACACAGUUCGCGAGCGAGGAAUUUGAAACGUUUUGCAGCAACCAAGGAAUCCUUCACCUUAGAACACCGCCGUACCAUCCGCAGUCGAACGUUCUCGCAGAGAGAUUUGUCGACACAUUCAAGCGAGGACUUCGGAAAAUAACGACGGGGGGAGAGCCUCUCCGCGAAGCAAUUGAUACUUUCCUUUUGUGCUACCGCUCCACUCCUUGUCGUAGCGCACCUGAUGGGAAGUCUCCAGCAGAGCUGUUAUUGGGCAGACGAUUACGAACAGCAUUGGACCUACUGAAACCACCAACCUCGUUCUAUAAGCAACCCGAAUCGAAGCAGGAAAUCCAGUUCAAUCGAAAGCAUGGCACGAAAGCGUUGAACUACGAUGUCAAGGAUCUGGUUUGGACUAAAGUACACCGAAACAACACCUGGUCGUGGGAGCCUGGUCAAAUCCUUGAACGUAUAGGCCGGGUUAUCUACAAUGUAUGGUUACCAGAAAAGCGAAAUCUUGUGAGGUCCCAUACGAACCAACUGAGGAAGCGGUACGAGUCCGAACAACCAACAUCACCAGUACAACAGCAGUCGACGCAAAUUCCGCUAAGCAUCCUAUUAGAUUCGUGUGGUCUUAGUCAGCCAUCAGCCGCACCAGCCGAACAAGCAACAGGUGGGCCAUCGCAGUUACCGUUACUCAACCAGCUAAUACCUACCGAGGUCCCCCGCCGAGCGCCUUCCAAGCCCCCAAGAGCUACUACUCAGCAACAACCGAGCCAGCUUCGCCAAUCUUCUAGAGUAAGAAGAACACCCGUGAGGUAUGAGCCGUAUCAUCUCUUCUAA